AAACAAUCGAAAACGUUGCAUGAAUGGUUGACAGGACAGUUUAAAGGCAGUCUUAUUUUUAUUAAAGAUUAUCAUAUUUUUUAGCUAUUAAGUCUAAUUGAUAUUUCAUUCCUAGUGAUAAAUCCAAUAAUAACAUGCAAUGUGAUGUUACAAAAGAUUCGGUUAGGCAGCGAAUAUGGUCUUACUUGGAAGAAAAUAAUAUAGCUCGUUUUCCUAGACCAGUUUUCAAUCGAAUUCCAAACUUCAAAGGGGCAGAAGAAGCAUGCAACAAAGUGAAGCAGCUGAAAGAAUAUCAACAAGCUCAUGUUGUAAAAGUAAAUCCUGACACUCCUCAGAAACAUAUACGAUUCUUAACUUUAACUGAUAACAAAACUUUGUUGGUUCCGACCCCUCGUUUAAGAAAUGGACUUCUGAAUAAAAUCAAUCCACCACCUAAUGCAUCUAAACAAAUAUUGCAAGUUUGUUCAACAUCAGAGGGAGUAAGAAAUUACAGCUCCAGAAUCGGCCUGAAUAGUAAAAUCAAAAUUGAUAUUGUAAUAUUAGGUUCAGUAGCAGUCUCACCUUGUGGUAGACGAAUUGGUAAAGGGGAAGGAUUUGCUGACAUGGAAUUUGCUAUGAUGGCUACAAUGGGAGCUGUUAACUCAGAAACAGUUGUUAUUUCAACAGUUCAUGACUGUCAAGUAUUGGAUUUGCCUGAUCAUCUAUUUGGACUUCAUGAUGUUCCGGUUGAUAUUAUUGUGACCCCAACCAGAAUCAUACGUUGUGAACCACGCUUGCCUAAACCUAGUUGCAUAAUCUGGUCAUUAUUAAGUGAAGAAAAGAUGAGUCAAAUACCUAUUUUAGGAACUCUGAAAGAAAUAGAAGCUAAAAAUCCUAAGAUCUAUAAAUAUGACCUAGUAACCAACCGUUUGGAGAGCAAAAUGAUGUAAGCUAUCUCAUGCAAU